GGCAGAAUAGCGGAAGAGGCGGAUUUGAGCCAAAAUGAGGGAAAAUAAGAACAUGUCCGAGUCCCCUUCUCAAGCGGGAAAAGAAAUACCGGCGAAAAAACAAAAAUUAAGCAGUGACGAGAACAGUAACCCCGAUUUAUCAGGAGACGAGAAUGAUGAUGCUGUUAGUGUUGAGAGUGGGACAAACGCAGAGCGGCCAGACACACCCACAAACACUGCCAAUGCUCCAGGCAGAAAGAGCUGGGGCAAGGGCAAGUGGAAGUCCAAGAAGUGCAGAUAUUCUUUUAAAUGUGUCAACAGUCUGAGGGAGGACCACGGACAGCCAUUGUUUGGAGUCCAGUUUAACUGGCACAGCAAGGAGGGAGACCCGCUGGUGUUUGCCACAGUCGGGAGUAACAGGGUAACUCUGUAUGAAUGUCACUCUCAGGGAGAAAUAAGACUCUUGCAGUCUUAUGUGGAUGCAGAUGCAGAAGAGAACUUCUACACGUGUGCCUGGACCUACGACACCAACACAAGCCAUCCGCUGUUGGCUGUAGCUGGUUCCCGUGGCAUUAUUCGGGUGAUCAACCACAUCACAAUGCAGUGCAUCAAGCAUUACGUAGGUCAUGGGAAUGCCAUCAAUGAGCUCAAGUUUCAUCCGAGGGAUCCAAAUCUCCUUCUGUCUGUCAGCAAAGAUCAUGCCCUCCGUCUAUGGAACAUUCAUACAGACACAUUAGUGGCAAUAUUUGGUGGCGUGGAAGGUCAUCGAGACGAAGUCCUGAGCGCUGAUUUUGAUCUUUUGGGUGAAAAGAUUAUGUCCUGUGGGAUGGACCACUCCCUAAAACUUUGGCGAAUCAAUUCAGAGCGAAUGCAGAAAGCCAUUCGUGGGUCUUAUGAGUACAACCCCUCGAAGACCAACAGGCCUUUCGUCUCUCAGAAAAUUCACUUCCCUGACUUCUCAACACGAGACAUUCAUAGAAACUAUGUGGACUGUGUGCGGUGGCUGGGGGAUCUUAUUCUUUCCAAGUCCUGUGAAAAUGCCAUUGUCUGCUGGAAACCAGGAAAGAUGGAGGACGACCUCGAUCGCAUUAAACCGAAUGAGUCAAAUGUGACUAUUCUUGGGCGCUUUGAUUACAGCCAGUGUGACAUUUGGUACAUGCGUUUCUCCAUGGACUUCUGGCAGAAGAUGCUGGCUCUGGGAAACCAGGUGGGGAAACUUUAUGUGUGGGACCUGGAAGUGGAAGACCCACACAAGGCAAAGUGCACCACACUGACCAUCCCCAAAUGCACAUCGGCCAUCCGGCAAACCAGCUUCAGCCGCGACAGCAGCAUUUUGAUAGCCGUGUGUGACGAUGCGUCAAUCUGGCGCUGGGAUCGACAGCGCUGAAUAGUUUUUUUCCUGAAAAUGUUUUGGUUCUUGUUGCUUCCCCCCCACCCCCACCCACCAUGCAAGCCCUACAGAUCUACACUGCAAGAAAUGUCCGUUUGAACAUUUAGUCUUACACAUGGUCUAAAAGCUCAUCAUAUAUUUCCUUUAAAAAAAGUGAGAAACAGUGCCAAGGUGAGAUGAUUUCCUUUUGUUACUCUGGUCAAAGAGAUUAUUUUGAUUUCCUGGGAGGAUAUUUGAGUAAAAACAAAAGAUCUCAAAGAAUUUUAAGGUUUCAGGCUGCUGCAACAUUUUAUAUCUAACAAAACAUCAGUAAUGAUCUGGGAUUUAUUCCUUUUUAGAUGAACAUUUGUCAACCACAGCAAAGAUGGUAAAGACAUUAUUUGUUCCAAAUGUUUUAAAUUGAAUGAAAGCCAGUUGUAACAGCACAUUGGUGAAAAGAUAGGUAUCGGCGGAGGUUAAGUGCCUUCUAGCUUCCUAUGCAGACGCUUGAGAAGUUGUAGACCAAUCAUUCCUAUUAUCUGCAUUCAGGGAAAUCAGAGGAAAUGUCUGUCUCAGGCCGACUUUUGUUACUUGUUUUAGGAAAAAUAAGCUUUUAAGACACAACAGAUAAAAUGGCCAAAGAUGGAUUAUUUUUUGCAGUGUGCCAUGUUUUAUAUUUUGUUCACAGAAUAAUUGUGUUUUUCCCUUUCUGUUAUCUGAACAUUCCUUUGUGUCUUUUUUUAAUGCCCUGCUUGGUUGCUUUGAUGCCCCCUCCUCCUCCUACAUGCACACAAACACACUUUUGACUGUUGUAAAAUGUACAGUAUUACAUUUGACAUCAGAGGAUUUCAAUAAACUCAAUAAAAUGUAUUUCGUAAAUAUA